ACUCAACCGCAGUCGUCCAGUAAGAUCGAUGUCGAUAGCGAGUCCCUGAGCGAGCAAGACAGUGACAGAGAUAACAAAAGCCUGGAUGGGAUCGAGCGGGAAUUCGACGGUGCCAGCGAAGAGCUGAUGAGUCCUCCGUACAAAACCCCAGAGGAGCUCGGUUUCAGCUCCAACCUGAACUGCAUAACCAGAGUUUACGACUCCGAGUUCGAGCCUGACGACUCCUGUCCCGGGAUCUGCAUUGAGGACGCUACCAAUGGGAAUGACAAUUCCGUGGGAUGCCACUCCAAGUCCUGCAACAACUGCAGCUCCUGUCAAAACAACAACGUUAAGUUCCCCAGUGGGGAGACCAGAGCCGGUGGGAUCAUCAGGAAAUCAUACUUGAACGAAAUGAACCACUACAGAAAUGACUUGAGAGCCUGUGAGUCUCCCAAGAGUGAAAGAAAUUGCGUCACUCCCGAUUCCCCUUCUCUGAGUAUGAGGGUGAACAUCGCUUCACCCUUAAGGAGUAGCAAGAUGUCCCUGGCUACUGUGGUUGACGGCACAAACCCUGCCUAUGACCAGGACCGCGUAGAGGAAAUAGACUUGGUAGACAACAAAGUUGACACAGAGUGCAACUGUCACAUCGAAGAAUGUAUAGUUAGCUGUAAGUACGACGAUGGCAGCAGAACAGAUAUCGUUCACAUUAUCAACAACGCCGAGGGGGGAUGCAGCAGAUGUGGAAGAAAUGGAAAUGGAAAUGGAACAGUCACUGUGCCAACCGUAGCCGAACAGUGUAACAUCACAGGUCCCAUUGCUUCUGUUUAGCUCAGGACGAAAAGUUCUAUUUUGUAAAUCAUCUAAAUCGCUAUGCAGAUGAAACAUAUCUUACUACGUCUCACUGAACUGUAGGUUCAUUUUUCACAGAAAUCAAGCAAACUCUAUUCAUUGGGGGAACUUUUCGCAAUGCAAAUGGAUACUGUUUAUUGAUAACUUUGAAAAUGCCACGUGGCUUCUGACUGAUACGCUUAUAAUGAUAAAAAGAGGACUCAUUAAUUAGAGAGCUGUCGUAAGCACUACUGCAUGGCAUCACUAAGAUUUAUAGUAAAAGGCAAUGGAUUCCACAACCAACUCUAUCUACUGCCUUGCAUGACAAACGCUUAGCUGAUAAUGCAUGGUUACUAUCUUACUGGUUACUCUUCUUUCGUUUUAUUUUGUUUUAAAAGUUUAUUUGUUUAAAAUAUGAUUUGAAUCUUUAAACUGAGUUAUAUAAACCAUUUAUUUUUUUUUUAUUUCAUAUGGUUUCUAAUUCGUUUGAUUUCACAUUCUUUCUUUUCUUUUCUUUUGGUUUU